CGUGGCUCUCUGGCGCGGUGCAUUGUGGUCUGACACCUCUUGUGUCGUUGGCUGCUUUGGCCCGCCUGGCUCACACUCUCCAAAAUGGCGACGUCCCUGGGAUCCAACACCUACAACAGACAGAACUGGGAAGACGCGGAUUUUCCAAUUCUGUGUCAGACAUGUUUAGGAGAAAACCCUUACAUCCGUAUGACCAAGGAGAAGUAUGGAAAGGAAUGCAAGAUCUGUGCUCGACCCUUUACGGUGUUCCGGUGGUGUCCAGGGACACGAAUGCGUUUCAAGAAGACAGAGGUCUGUCAGACCUGCAGUAAAAUGAAAAAUGUUUGUCAGACAUGUCUGCUAGACCUGGAGUAUGGUUUGCCUAUCCAGGUCAGAGACACUGGGCUGUCAGUGAAAGACGAGGUUCCUAAGUCAGACGUGAACAAAGAGUACUACACACAGAACAUGGAGAGAGAGAUAGCCAACUCUGAUGGCACACGGCCUGUGGGUCAGCUUGGCAAAGCACCCAGCUCUAGUGAUAUGUUGCUGAAACUGGCCCGGACCACACCGUAUUAUAAAAGGAACCGGCCGCACAUCUGUUCCUUCUGGGUGAAGGGAGAGUGUAAGAGAGGGGAGGAGUGUCCCUACAGACAUGAGAAGCCCACAGAUCCAGAUGAUCCUCUAGCUGACCAGAACAUUAAGGAUCGUUACUAUGGCAUCAAUGACCCAGUGGCUGACAAGCUGCUGAAACGGGCCUCAACUAUGCCCCGACUGGAUCCACCAGAGGACAAGUCCAUCAGCACCCUCUACAUUGGCGGCUUGGGAGAUACUGUCACAGAUGGAGAUCUCAAGAGUCACUUUUACCAGUUUGGUGAGAUUCGCACCAUUACCAUAGUCCAGAGGCAGCAGUGUGCUUUCAUCCAGUUUGCCACGCGGCAGUCAGCUGAAAUGGCGGCUGAGAAGUCCUUCAACAAACUCAUCAUCAAUGGACGGAGGCUCACUGUCAAGUGGGGAAGGUCUCAGGCAGCUAGAGGAAAGGAUGGCAUCAAAGAAGGUGUCAGUGAGAUGGGCACUAGACUGGAUCCUGUACCCGGACUGCCAGGAGCUCUUCCUCCACCACCAGCUUUAGAUGAAGAAGCUCCUGCAAACUACUUCAACCUGGACCCAGGAACCUCACCUGCUGUCAUGAACAUUGCUCUUCCUCCACCUCCAGGCAUCAACCCACCUCCUCCAGGUUUUGGGCCUCCAAUGUUUCACCACAUGGGUCCCAUGGCUCCACCUAUGCCCCCUCCAAUGAGCAUGAGACCUCCUGGUCACAUCCACUACCCCUCCCAGGAUCCUCAGCGCAUGGGUGCCCAUGCCGCACAUGGCUCUCGUCAAGGCGAUUAGCUGCUAGAGUGAAAUCAUUCUGUGAUUAGGUGUCUUUUUUUUUUCCCCUGUCGUCAAACCUGGUCAGGUCCUUUCACUUCAGAUUUCGUCAAUGGGCCUGAAGCAGCCAGCAGAAUACUUGUGGGAGAAAUGCACUGCGUAGAAAAGUAAUUUCUUACAGGAUAACAUCUGACUGAUUAUGCCACCAGCAGUGCAGUGAAUGAACUGAAUGAGGACCAUCUGUGUCUGGAUAGAUGACAAGCAGGAUGUUACAAGAUUAAUUUGUCACGACUCGCAGUUUAACAGCAUCUGAACAGUGGAGGUUAACAUGGUAAAAGACUCUUACUUGCUAGUGUGGUCAGGGGCCAUAAGGUUUUAACAGGCUCCUUUGGUUGGAGCCAUUGUACAUAAAAAAUGUAUACUAUAGGUUCAGCUUGUAUUUGUCAACUUGUGCACACUAUCACAUGGAGAAAAAGUGUGAGGAGCAUUUUUAAACCUGUUCAUUUUCAUUUUUUUUGUCUUUUUUUAUUUGACACAAACUUUAAUAUU